AUGUCUGGGUCCCGCUACAACCACAGACGUCGCUCAGGAAGUCUGACUCGUUCGCCCAACCGUGAAGCAGGAGGGGCAACUAUCCAGGCUUCUGCUCAAGAGCCCCCAGACCUUUCUUCGUCUGCCUUCUUGCUUGAUAAUGACCCCAGCCUCUUUCCCCUUGCAGCGAGUAGCAUGCAUAAUUGCGGCCAGGGAAACGGGCCCGGACUUAGUUCAGAGGGCUUGAUGUCCUUCCCCGCUUCGCUAGGGCAAGACUGGAUGUCCAAUGACAAUGAUCAUUCAACAAAUACCUGGCCAGUGUCCUCCGUUGAAACGUGCGAUCAGUGUUUAAUCGCUGGGCAGAAUUGUCAACAGCCCACUUCAGGCCCUGGCCAGCAGUCCUGUUCUUCGUGCAUCAUUCACGGCUACCACUGCAGCCUUGCCCACGUCAACACAACUGGAUUCACAGACGAUCUCACUCUUCACAACGAUUUUGAAGAAUUUGUUUCCGCAUCUUAUGACAGUAUCAGUUCAUCAAACAGUGCCAGCCAAGCGUCCGAUUCCGUUCCUCCCGCUGUGAAGAUAAUUACAAAGCCACCUCCCAAGAUUGGAACCCGUUUCUCCCGGGACUCGACGAAAUUCUUGAACCGAUGGCUUUCCAACCAUGAGAAUCAUCCAUAUCCCAGUCGCGAGGAUAUCAAAACUCUCCAACUCCAGACAGGGUUGAACAAGACCCAGAUCCAGAACUGGCUAGCCAACACUAGACGUCGACAGAAGAAGCAAGGAGGCUCAUCAGGCCAGUCACGAUACGUAUACCCUCGAAGUACAUCCGAUCCAUUAGAUGCUCCCCUUCGCCCAGGGACCCCGGCGAUCAGAAAUGAUAAUAACCUCCAAGACAUGAACCCACUUCAACGCUGGGUCGAAUCGCCGCCAGACCGUGAACCUGCCGCCGUUAAAGAUAUCGCCCGUGCUGUGGCUUCCUCACCUCCUCGCCCAUCAGAUAUGAACGAUGAAGAACAACCUGAGGGUAGCUUGGCCUCAUCUGUGAAUGACUCCUCCGCUAGCAGUCGCGGGACAUCUAGCGGUAGCUCCCUUGGAUCGGCACACUCUCACAGCUCGGGUUCAUCAUUAGGCGGCCUAGCACCUUUUGCCCGGAAACGGAGGCGUUCAAAACGUGCCCGGGUCAAAGCCAAGACAGCUUCACUCGCGCCAAUUCGACAACAACUUUACCAAUGCACGUUCUGCACAGAAACGUUCCUAACGAAGCACGACUGGCAACGUCACGAGAAAUCUCUCCAUAUUCCCUUGGAGCGUUGGGAGUGUUCACCAAACGGACCAUGUGAACGUAAUCCCACCACUGGGAAAACUCAUUGCGGGUUCUGCGGCGAAUUGGAGCCAUCUGACUCUCAUAUCGAGAGCCACCAACCUAAUUCGUGCCAGGAGCGUGCCUUCAACCGCAAAGACUAUCUUCGGCAACAUUUGCGGCUGGUACAUAAAUCCGCAUUAAUCCGAUGGGUUGCCGACAUUUGGAAGACCCCAACACCAGAAGUGCGGUCUCGUUGCGGGUUCUGUGGAGAGAACCUGAACACCUGGGAUGAGAGAGUAGAACAUCUGGCCGAACACUUCAAGUUGGGCUUGACAAUGGCUGAGUGGACUGGCGACUGGGGAUUUGAUGACUCCAUUGUUCAUACUCUUGAAAAUUCCAUCCCGCCAUACCUUAUCCACAAUGAACGGACGAGCCCCUAUCCUUUCGAGGCCAGCAAUCAAUCGCCCGAAUCGCCCAGAAGUGCAUACGAACUACUCACACUCGAGCUCUCUUAUUUUGUUGGGAACUACCAGUUUCAGCAUAAGAAGCCCCCAGACAAUACCACCAUGGUUGUUGAGGCUUGUCGGAUCAUAUUCGCUUCCGAGAUUCUGUCCGUUGAUGAGGAGCCUGGCUCGUAUCCCUCUUGGCUACGGGAUCUAAUUAUGUCAGACCAUAAUCUAGCGUUCCAAGCCCGGGUUAUGCCUAUUAGAACCCCCUCCGAAGGCAGGCUUCGUACCUUGCAACUAAGGGGCAAGCGAAAUUUAUUCGAAGACUGCCCUCUAGAAUCUCAGUUGCGAAGCUUCGUCUCAAACCUUUGCGACAGCGGAUACAUAGAUAUCACUGACAAUGAGCUUCGAGAUGAGGCAUGCCAUAUCAUGAAGCGAGUUGAAGACAGUCUAGCCGCAGAUUCUGGCUCCGUUUUCAAAUGGUUGUUGGGUCAAAUACACACAAGGGUGACAUGGCUUGGCGAUUUUAGGAAACGAGCAGGCUUAACAAACAGCCAUCUUGCCGGCAUGUCUACCUCCUCACACGAUAUGGCAACCCUUUCUGGGGACUUGUUUCCCUUCGAACUUGCUUCCCCCGAGCCUAUCUCGGAAGCCAGCCAUGGGUUUCAGCUGAUGCACAAUCAAUCCGAGGCGGCUUUCAACCUUCAACGAACCGGCCGAUCCUAUCCCAGCACCUUCACGAGCUUAGGCCCCUCCUCGGCUGUUUCUCCCAGGCACCUUUCGGUUGUGAAUCCUCCCGAUACUGAGUUUGAAUUUCAAUCUAAUCUGACAGGGGCAUACGAAAGUUCACAUCAAUUAGAAAAUAUGAACAUGAAUCCUGCUGAGCCCGAAUCAUAUCAGCGCCCAGAAUGGCUCCAGAAUGGAAAUUACAUUCUAAAUGACCCUAAUUUCCAUCGUUGGCUCGGGUUGGAGCUCCAGCGCUGGGUUUCUAUCAUAUCCUCUCCUCAACACCCAAACCCUCGGAUACCCUCCGACCAGGAGAUCCAAGACCAAGCCCGGUGGUUAUUAUACAACGAUGAUGAUUCAUGGAACCAAACUGCUGCAGAUAACCCGGAAUGGCUUAUGAGGUUUAAACGUGACGCAGGCAUUGAUCAAAAGGAAAAUGGCAGAGUUAAGGGUUCUAACCAAAAUUAA